AUGAAGUUGGGGUUCGACCUUUUGUUUUUUUUAUUUGUCUAUAUUAAAUAUCAGAUUUUAUAUAUUCAAUCGUAUUUUUACCGAUUAUUAUUAUUAUUAGUGUUAUGA